UCUCAUGUGAAAACUGACGCUCCCGGUAAUGUGCCGGUCACGUUUCCAGUCUGAAAGUCACGUGUCAGUAACCCACGUCGUCCGCUUACCAACUUUGUUUGUCUCCUUGGGUUUCUCUAUAUAUGCCAAUCCAAUUUCCUCUUCACACUCCUUUAUUCAAAAUCUCACAAAACCAACAAGUCUUUCCUAGAGAAAAAAAAAAAAUUCCACACUCCCUUUUUUCCGUGGAAAAUUUACUACACAACAACCAAAUUAAAACUCAAUAAUCCUCGAGAAAGAAAAAUAAACCCCAUAACAACUAUUCAAUAUGGUUAUAGAUUCAAAAACCAGUGGUAGUCAUCACCGUAAACUCACUUUCGCCGCUUUCUUAAACACCGAUCUCUCUGCCGACGAAGAAGAACAGAGCCAUGGUGCUGCUGAUGUCAUCAAUCCCAGUAGUAACAGGAACAAAAACAACCAACAACGUCAAAGCAAUGCUUCGACCACGACCGGUGACUCGUCUCCUAAUCAGGUUUUGUCUCCAUGGAACCAGACUUACUCUCCGUACUACACCGACACGCCAACAACGCCUACUAUGUCUCCCUCUCCGUGGAACCAGACUUACUCACCUUACUACAAGUCUCCCUGGAUCUACCAGACCCGAAACAUCGAUGAUGAUUCGGACAACGGUUUGAUCGGUACGAUCGUGAGACAAGAAGGUCACGUCUACUCGUUGGCAGCUUCCGGAGAUCUUCUAUUCACUGGAUCCGAUUCCAAGAACAUUCGGGUCUGGAAAGAUCUCAAGGAUUUCGCCGGGUUUAAAUCAACAAGCGGUUUGGUUAAAGCGAUUGUGAUAACCGGAGAUAACCGGAUCUUCACCGGUCACCAAGACGGUAAAAUCCGGGUUUGGAGAGGGUCCAAGACACGAACCGGUGGUUACUCACGAAUCGGAAGCUUACCGACUCUUAAAGAGUUUUUAACGAAGUCGGUGAACCCGAAGAACUACGUGGAGGUUCGUCGCCGGAAAAACGUUCUCAAGAUCCGACACUACGACGCCGUUUCGUCUCUGAGCUUGAACGAAGAGCUCGGUUUACUCUACUCCGGUUCGUGGGACAAGACUCUCAAAGUCUGGAGACUCUCCGACUCCAAAUGCCUCGAAUCGAUUCAAGCUCACGACGACGCGAUCAACACCGUCGCCGCCGGGUUCGACGACUUGCUCUUCACCGGAUCCGCCGACGGGACUUUGAAAGUGUGGAGACGCGAGCUUCGAGGGAGAGGGACGAAGCAUUUUCUGGUUAACGUGUUGAUGAAGGAAGAGAGCGCUUUGACGGCGUUGGCGGUUAAUUUAACGGCGUCAGUUGUUUACUGCGGAUCUUCUGACGGCACCGUUAAUUUCUGGGAAGGGAAGAAGUAUCUAUCUCACGGCGGGGCACUCCGCGGCCAUCGUAUGGCGGUGCUCUGUCUCGCGGUUGCCGGGAGUUUGGUGCUGAGCGGCGGAGGGGAUAAGAACAUUUGCGUGUGGAGGAGGAACGGUGAUGGGAUGCACACGUGUCUCUCGGUGUUGAUGGACCACGUGGGACCUGUGAAGUGUUUGACGGCGGUGGAAGAGGGAGAGGAAUACGGCGAAGGGAGAUGGAUAGUGUACAGUGGAAGUUUGGAUAAAUCGGUGAAGGUUUGGCGCGUGAAGGAGACGGCGUCUUCGGUGUGAUUGGCUGAGAUGGGUUGAGGAGGAUGAGAGAUUACGCGCCGUAUUAGCGCGUGGAGAUGCGGACUAUGUGAUCCGCCGGACAUGUAACUGCUGUCUUAAUGGUCAAGGCAACUAAGCAGAUCAUACUACCAAUAGCAAACUGCCACAUCAUGAAGUAUCUAAAAGGUUUAGAAAGUUCCUAACUUCCUAUAGUUUAUUUGAGCUUCGUUGUAACUGCACAUAUUUGAAUUACGUAAAGAAAAGGGGAAAACAAACUUUAUGUUAUUUUAUUCAUUGUAUUGAGAUCAUUUUGUUUAUGUAUUAGUAUUAUACGAUUCGUACAAAACUGAUUAUUUAAAAA